AAAUAAAAUACAAUCGCAGUCAUUGUUGCAGUACAUUCUAAGCUACAUUAAUCAGAUUAUUUACAGCCAUGGACAAGCUACGCCGAGUGUUAAGUGGCGAUGAGCCAACGCCUGAAGAGGAGAGCAGCAUCAUCACUCAGAUUAAUGAUAUGUCAACGCUCAGCUGGAGCACUCGCAUAAAGGCCUUCUGUAUAUGCUUCGUCUUGGGCAUACUUUUAUCUUUUCUGGGCUCCAUAGCCCUUUUUCUGCAUCGCGGAAUCGUCGUCUUUGCCGUCUUCUAUACGAUAGGAAAUGUGGUGUCCAUGGCCAGCACGUGUUUUCUCAUGGGACCCUUUAAGCAAAUUAAGAAAAUGUUUGCAGAGACGCGUCUGAUUGCCACCAGCAUUGUUAUUGUGGCAAUAGUCAUGACUUUCAUAUCGGCUAUAGUGUUGAAAAAAGCCGGACUCACGCUUAUAUUCAUUAUCAUACAAUCCCUGGCCAUGACAUGGUAUUCGCUAUCUUAUAUACCCUAUGCACGAGAUGCGGUUCGAAGCACAGUCUCGGCAUGUUUCGAGGUUUGAUUUAGUUUAGCCAAUUUACAUUUACAUCAUCAUGCAGCAAUCAAAUUCAAAUUGUAAUUAACCGUCUUAAUAUUCUGUAUUAUUAUUAAUGAUUUGCUUAUGUAGUUGUUAAGUUUUUUCUAUUUCUUACAUUUGCAAAAAAGAAAACAAAAAAAGAACAAGAAAGAAAAUUGUAUUAAUCUAGAUACUAGGUCUUAGACACAAUCAGCUUAUUAACAAAUGUUUCGUUGGUUUUAAUAUCAUUUAUACAUACACAAUAUAAAUUUAAUUUAAUCAGUACAGUUUUGCAUAAAUUGUAUGUACAGUUUACAUUGUA